AUGCGGAAUCAUGAUGUUGCUGCUCGGAAGUGUCCCAAGUGCCAUCGCGUGUUUUCUAAAGUCGAGCACUUGAGACGACAUGAACGAUCUCAUACCGGCGAACGGCCAUUUAAAUGCAAGGCCUGCGGCAGAUCAUACGCCAGAAGUGAUGUUUUGAACAGGCACAUGCGCCAUCACCAUCCAGCAGCACAGGAAGGAGAUGCAGUAGACGCAGCAGCCGGAUGGAUUUCAAUGGCCGAUCAGCCUGAGGAAAGGACCAGUCCGCCGCUACAUGCUGGCUCCCACGGGGGUACGUCCAACAAACGACUUUCCUCCGGCGAGCAACCGCCGCCUGAGUGUCUGACUCCACAAGGCCUCGUUAUCCCCGCGACAGAGAACCAGAAUUGGAACCCAACGACUAUCGACGGAAUGUCUGGCUUGGAUCUGCAAUAUGACCAAGGGCUGCACAGUUUCCUGCAUGACGUCCACGCCCCAGCAUUGACGAGCGACCUGCAUCGAUCGCAACCAACAGCCAUCCCAUCUUCCCGACGGGCAUUGAACCCAUUCGAACCACACCUGGACUCGUCUUUGGACCUAGCCCCUCCCCACCGAACGGCUGAUAGUGGUAUGGACUUGGGCUCCACGUUCCUGGAGGGCCUGCUUUUGACGCCGCCAGGCUCUGGAGAAAACCAGUUCGGUAGCCCAGAGAAAAAUAGCAUCUCAAAUGAACAGUUUGAGCAGGUGCGACGACUGUGGCCAACGCGCAGACGAAGGCCCACGCUGUCUCCGUCCCCUAUUUGCUGGGAUGAUGUUCUCCUCCACCCCGAAGGCAAUAUCUUUUCCUCGACUUCAUUAAAGGCACUGGGCAGCCUUGAGCCGUCAGCAUCCGCUCUGUCAUCCACUCUGUCACCGUGGGCACUUACUGAGGCUUGUCGGGAUCGCCUGAGUCAGACUAUGCUCCGCUACGUGUCUCCCAAUGGCCAAACGGAUGAUCCUCGUGGUGGUUCUCCGCCCUGCAGUGGGCCGUGGAACAGUGAGCUGCCGCCUAUCGAUAUGCUAGACAUCUGCUUGGAUUUGUACUUCGGCAAAUUCCAGGUUCACCUGCCAUUUGUUCAUCCGGGGACAUUCAAACCUUGCGAUACGCCAAGUAUUUUGCUAUUCCCCAUGUGCUUGAUAGGUAUGAUGCUGCUCGACAGAAGUGCAGCCCGCAAGUUAAUCGAUGAUUAUCUACUGGGCGCCAUUCGCCAUUGUAGAGCCGAAAUUACCUCCCAAGGCAUUCGCCACUGCCCUGCCCCAGAUCUAUUCACGGUCUUGGGAAGCGCUUGCUUAGUUUUGUUCAUUGCAGCGUCGACGGCUGAAAUCGCUUUUGAAGAACAACGGCAGGCACUCUAUGAGGAAGCAUUAUGUCUGGCAAGGGAAAGAGGGCUUUUUGGUUCAUGCAGUUACAACUCUAGCCUUAUACAGAUCGUGGGAGAUGACGCCAUCACAUGGAACGCGUGGGCUCGUAUGCAGUCUGCUCAACGUCUCAAGGCUUGCCUGAUUCUAGCUGAUGCGUACUCGGCACACAUGCUCGGUACUCCGCCUGCCCUUCUCCCUGGGCAUAUCCAAAUGCCACUUUUGUGCCAUGAUGAGCUGUUCAACGCUCAUACGCCCCAGAAGUGGAAGAAAUUACUUGGGGAUGAGGAUCCAUGGCGCAUGACGUCUUUCAUGACGCCUAAUAUACAGAACCCCCCAUCCAGACUGCACGGGCUUGGGCUUCAGACAGAUCUUGCAGUGAUUUGGCUCGAUAUUCUCAGGUCGCACCGCGAGCGAGAGAGACGGAUGGAAUUAUUCCCUGGAUCCUUAACUUCGUCGCAUGAAAGUCCACCACGCCUAAGCACCGAUACCAGCGGUGAUUACUGUCUUGGAUCCCGUCUCUCCUCGGUUUUUGACACGUACGGGGCGGAACUCAAGCUUGCAAAUAGCAAUUCGUUGAUCCUGUGGCAUUUUCUAUGCCUUCAACUUACGACGGACAUGGGCCUCAUCGAGGAUGCGGCUGGUAGGAGUGGACCUGAGGCCGCAAAAGUAGCCGUUGAGGGCUUGAGGCUAUGGGCGCCAUCCACUGGCGCUCGCCGUGCCUGCCUGCAUGCGGCUCAGAUGUUCAUGCUCGUAAGCCAUCAUCGCCAGUCUGAUGGCGUGAUGCUCCACUCAGAAAUGGCACUAUUUAACGCGGCCCUUGUCUUGGGAUUUUAUCUAUUCACAGCACCAGACUUCACCUCCAGUGGCCGCCCAGUGUACGACCUUCUUGAAGAGGUGGAUUGGACCCAGGUUGGGACCUUGGGUAUGGACGCACAGUGGUCUUCUGAGAACGCCAUCGCCCCAGUAUCAGCGGCCGGUGCCUUCAUCCGCGACGGUGGUCCUGUUUGCUUCAGCGGCGCCGAAUACUGCAAUCCGUACGGCGCAGCUCGGAGGUCAUUCAUGAACGUUGCUUGCCAACUGGAAGAAGUCGGCAAAUGGAACGUUGAGGAGUACUGCAGGGUCUUGCGCAUAAUCAGUGACACCUUGUUCACACCAGAGGAUCAACAUGCCGAGUCGUGA